AUGGGUCAAAAACGAGGUCGCGACGCAAAAGCUCAGGCGCUGCAGUCCAAGAAGCGCCAGAAGAAUACCAAGUCUAACCCGGGCUCGGACGACAGUUCCUGGGAUGGAAUCGUCGGGAUCGACGACCUCAACUGGAAGGAAGUUGCUCUACCUGACCGUCUGGAAGAUGCAGGGGGGUUCUUUGGACUAGAGGAAAUCGAUGGUGUGGACAUUGUUCGCCAAGGCAGUGGAGAAGUUCGAUUCAAGGUGCGUAAACAACGUUCUCCGCUCAAUGCUUUGGGCCAAGUGCUAACACAUGAAUUGGGGAAACAGGCAAAAGCAGGCAAGCCAAAGAAAUCAAUUGUGAAAACACCUUCUGUCGAGGACACCGCCGAUAAUGGAGAUGAGUGGUCUGGUUUUAGUGACGAAGAGACCAAGAAAACUACUCCACCGGUCGACCAGGCACAGGUAAAAGAGGACAAGAAAUCCAAGAAGAAGGAGAAGAAGGAGCCAAAAGAGCCCAAGAAGGAGGCUAAAAAGAAAGAGACCAAACCUGCGCAGGACCCCAGUUUCAAGACCGGGCUUUCAUUUGCUGCUCUCGACGAAGCGGCAGAAGAUGACGGCAUGGAUGUCUCAGCUUGGGAUACUUUGGGGCUCUCGCCUGAAGUAUCUACAAGCUUGUCCAGGUUAAAAUUCACCGCUCCAACCUCUGUUCAAAAAGCCUGUAUUCCGGCCAUUUUAGACGGCCAUGAUGUUGUUGGAAAGGCAUCGACGGGUUCCGGUAAAACGCUGGCGUUCGGGAUCCCAAUUAUCGAGUAUUACUUGGAGAAAAAGGGAAAGAAGACCGAUGAAGGCGAGAAGGACAAAUCGUCCCCAAUGGCACUUAUCCUAUCCCCGACCAGAGAGCUGGCUCAUCAGCUGGCCAAGCACAUCGGGGAACUGAACGCAAAUGCUCCUGACACCGACGCGCGCAUUGCUCUCUUGACCGGUGGUCUCUCAAUUCAAAAGCAGCAACGACAACUUGCCGGAGCCGACAUUGUGAUUGGCACACCAGGCCGAGUCUGGGAGAUUCUGAGCACAGGGCAAGGGUUGAUCCGCAAAAUGAAGCAUAUCCAGUUCCUUGUCGUCGACGAGGCAGAUAGGCUUCUCAGUGAGGGUCAUUUCAAGGAGGUCGAAGAAAUUCUUGGUGCUUUGGACCGACAGGAAAAUGGGGAUAUUCCCGACAUUGACGAAGAUGCAACGGCCGAGCCCGAGUCCGAUGCCCGUCAGACCCUUGUAUUUUCGGCCACGUUCCACCGUGAUUUGCAGCAGAAGCUCGCAGGAAAAGGUCGUUGGACUGGAGGAGAUUUGAUGGAUAAGAAGGAGUCGAUGGAAUACCUCCUCAAGAAGCUAAACUUCCGCGAAGAGAAGCCGAAGUUUAUCGACGUAAACCCCGUGCAACAGAUGGCUGAGGGCCUCAAGGAAGGAAUUGUUGAAUGCCCUGCCAUGGAAAAGGAUCUCUACCUCUACUCAAUUCUCCUCUACCAUCCCAAGCAUCGAACGCUCGUAUUUACCAAUUCCAUCUCCGCUGUCCGCCGCCUCACCCAGCUGUUACAAAACUUGCAGCUCCCUGCGCUUGCACUACAUUCCUCUAUGGCACAGAAAGCACGGCUCCGCUCUGUCGAGCGUUUCUCAUCGCCCUCCUCCAACCCCAGCUCCAUCCUUGUGGCCACCGAUGUUGCAGCACGUGGUCUCGACAUCAAGGGCAUCGACUGCGUCAUCCACUAUCACGCACCGAGAACGGCAGACACCUAUGUUCACCGAUCAGGUCGCACAGCUCGUGCCGGAGCAAUCGGCAAGAGUAUUAUCAUUUGUGCCCCUGAAGAAGUUGUGGGCGUGGCUCGCCUUGCCGCCAAGGUACAUGCACAGAAAUCGAACGACGCUGGGCCCACAAAGAAGCUUCCUCUGGAAUCUCUCGAGAUUGAUCGCCGGGUGGUAUCGCGCGUGCGGCCACGCAUGACCCUCGCCAAACGGAUCACUGACUCGACACUUGCCAAAGAGAAGAUCUCUGCGGAGGACAACUGGCUUCGUACUGCCGCAGAUGACCUGGGUGUUGAGUAUGAUAGUGAUGAGUUUGAUGAGUCUCAAGGCAAAGGUCGUGGCCGUGGUGGGGGUCGGCACCAGCGUGAAAAACAAGCAAGCGGCAUCACCAAGAACGAGAUGGCCGGGUUGCGGGCCGAGCUCAAGCAGCAUCUGGCUCAGCGAAUCAACAUUGGUGUCAGUGAGCGGUAUCUAACGGCUGGGCGCAUUGAUAUCGAGGCUCUCUUGCGUGGUGAAGGCAACGAUUCGUUCUUGGGCCACCUUGACCCACUGAAUUUCUAG